AUGAUUACUAUUAUGUUUGUAUAUACGACAACGACAAAUGAACAACUACCACAAGAGAGAGAAUUAUUAAAAAUUCUUAGUGGUAGAGCAAUUCGAUUUGUUUCAAAAUCAUGUGAACUUAAAUAUGAAAAUUGUUUAUUAGAUGUUAAUGAUGCUGAUAAAUUAAAUACACUUUGUCCUAUUUAUUCACGUUUAAGAGAUUGUCUUUUAAUACUUAAUCAAGAUAUAACAUGUUCAUCAAUUCAUUUAAAACGUCAAUUACAAAAAAUGAGACAACAAGAAUAUAAGGCAUGUGGUGUAUCAUCCAUGUUAUCUAAUAUCGGUAUUUCAUCGUCAGCAUCAUCAUCAUCAUCAUCAUUCAUAUUAUUUUCGACUAUAAAUUUUUAUUCGAUAUCGUUCGUUCGUCUAUAUUCAAUGUUAAUUUUAAUUACGUUUAUUUAUUUUAUUUGUUUGUGUAUUAUUAACAAAGAUAUUUAUCUAACACUCCCAAUUAUUAAACUUUAUAGAAGACAAUCAUUAGUAUCAUUAGCAAGAUUACGAGAUGACAUGAGUGCACCGGUUCCAAAACGUCGAAAAAAUAAGAUAAUAACAGAUGAAUGGUUUGUAAAAUUAUGGCAAUGUUAUGACGAUGAACAUAUGGAUAUGUCAACUUUCUUAAAGGCUGCUGGAAAAAAACUAAUUAAAAUAAAAGAUAAUCAACGGAAAAUGGACGAAGAAGACUCCAAUGGCGGAAUUGCUAAUGAUGAUUUGGAGGAUGUGGCUGUUACAAAUACGGGUGGUUUAACAUUCGACAAACGUAUUGAUCGUUUACAUCAAUCAGAACGUAUUGAUAAUAUAUAUGGUUUUACACGUUAUAAAGGUUUUGAAGAAAAAAUUGGUUGGCUGUACAACAUUCAACCGAGUGAAGUAUUUGACGAGGAAAGACGACGCUUUUUAUCAUCACUGGAUUUAUAUUUUAUCGGUGAAACUGGUGAACGUUUUAAAAUAUCCGUGCAAUAUUCACCGUAUUUUUAUGUGGGUGCUAAACUGGGUCGUGAAAAUGAUGUAUAUGCUUAUUUAUCAAAACGUUAUAAUAAUAAAUGUUUAGCGUGUGAUUUAAUCGUAAAAGAAGAUUUAGAUCUACCAAAUCAUUUAGGUGGAUUAAAACGAACGUAUAUUCGUUUAAAAUUUUAUGAUAUUGAUGACUUAAUGAAAAUACGUCGAGAAUUACAACCAAUUGUUAAACAAAAUUCAGAACGAGAAAAAGAACGUGAGCAACAUCCAGAAGCGUCACUAAUCAAAACAACAACAAAUGAUCUGCAUUUUGGUGGAGCAAAUAAUUUAAUUGAAAAACAAAUUGAUUCAAUUGUUGAUUUAAGAGAAUUCGAUGUUCCUUAUCAUAUACGUGUUUGUAUUGAUCUUAAAAUUAUGGUUGGGUUAUGGUAUGGUGUUCGUGGUCAAUUAAUAAAUGAUACUCAGAGUCAAUUUAUUCUGAAGCCAGAAUUGAUCGAACUACCAGAACCAAUUGUUCUAGCAUUCGAUAUUGAAUGUACAAAAAUGCCAUUGAAAUUUCCAACUGCUCAAACAGAUCAGAUAAUGAUGAUAUCGUAUAUGAUUGACCAACAAGGGUACUUAAUUAUUAAUCGUGAUAUCAUCUCUCAAGAUAUAUCUGAUUUUGAAUAUACACCAAAAAAGGAAUAUCCUGGACAUUUUCAUGUUUAUAAUGAAUUAAAUGAAUUGGAUUUAUUGAAACGUUUUUUUCAACAUAUUAUAGAUAUUAAACCGCAUAUUAUUGUUACUUAUAACGGUGAUUCGUUUGAUAUUCCGUUUGUUGAGACACGAGCACAAAUCAAUGGUUUAAAUAUGUACAAUGAAAUUGGUUUUCGUAAAGAUGUUCAAGAUAAUUAUUUAUGUCGACCAUGCAUCCAUAUGGAUGCUAUUAAAUGGGUAAAACGUGAUAGUUAUUUACCUGUGGGUAGUCAUGGUUUGAAAGCUGUUACAAAAGCAAAAUUAAGAUAUAAUCCAAUUGAGAUUGAUCCCGAGGAUAUGUGUCGUUUAGCUGUCGAACAACCACAAAUAUUAUCAAAUUAUUCUGUUUCGGAUGCUGUUGCUACAUAUUAUUUAUAUAUGAAAUAUGUUCAUACAUUCAUCUUUGCACUAUGUACAAUUAUACCAAUGCGUCCGGAAGAAAUUUUAAGAAAAGGUUCUGGUACAUUGUGUGAAACACUAUUGAUGGUUCAAGCAUAUCAUGCCAAUGUUAUAUUUCCCAAUAAACAUGAAGAAGAACAAUAUCGUUAUACACAUGAUGGUCAUUUAUUAACAACAGAAACGUAUGUUGGCGCUAGUGUAGAAGCAUUGGAAUCUGGCGUUUUUCGUAGUGAUAUACCAUGUCGUUUUAAACUUGUACCAGAAACAAUACAAUAUUUAAUCGAUAAUAUUGAUCGUACACUAAUCCAAUGUGUUGAAGUUGAAGAAAAAUUAGAAUUAGAUACUAUAACAAAUUUACAAGAUAUCAAAGAUGAUAUAUUACAGCGUUUAUUACAUUUAAAAAAUGUUCCAAAUCGUUUAGAAAAACCAAAUAUUUAUCAUUUGGAUGUUGGUGCCAUGUAUCCAAAUAUUAUUUUAACAAAUAGACUUCAACCAGCAGCAAUUGUUGAUUCAACAAUAUGUGCACAAUGUGAUUUAAAUCGUCCAAAUGCUCGAUGUCAACGAAAAAUGGAUUGGAUAUGGCGUGGUACAUACGUACCAGCAACACGGAAUGAAUUACAACGUAUUCAGUUACAAUUAGAAAAUGAACGUUUUCCAUAUAAUGAUCCCAAAAAAUUUGAAUUUAACAAUAACAAUAAAGAAAAUAAAUUUCGCAAUCACCAACGUUCAUCAUCGUUACCAUCAUCGACUAAUAACACACGUUCAUUUCAUGAAUUACCAUUAGAAACACAGACAAUAAUUGAACGUAAACGUUUACAAGAGUACUGUCGUAAAGCCUAUAAGAAAGUAAAUCAGACACGUGAAGAAACACGUGAAACAAUUGUUUGUCAAUGUGAAAAUUCAUUUUAUGUUGAUACAGUAAGAGCAUUUCGUGAUCGACGAUAUGAGUAUAAAGAUUUAUUAAAAAAAUGGAAAAAAAAUUUACAGGGUGCAAUGAAAAUUGAUGAUCUUCAUGAGACAAAACGUUGUAAUAAUCUUAUUGUCAUCUAUGAUUCACUACAAUUGGCGCAUAAAUGUAUAUUAAAUUCGUUUUAUGGUUAUGUAAUGAGAAGAGGUGCAAGGUGGCAUAGAAUGGAAAUGGGUGGUAUUGUAUGUACAACAGGUUCAACAAUUAUCAAACGAACAAGAGAACUUCUUGAACAAAUUGGACGUCCAUUAGAGUUAGAUACUGAUGGUAUAUGGUGUGUGCUUCCAGCAACAUUUCCUGAAAAUUAUGAAUUAUUUUCAACUAACGUAAAUCGUCCAAAAUUAGUAUUUUCCUAUCCAUGUAGUUUAUUAAAUAUGCUGAUUAAGGAUUAUUAUACAAAUGAUCAAUAUCAUGAAUUAGUUGAUAAAGAUAAACAUCAAUAUAAAAUACGUUCAGAAAAUUCCAUCUUUUUUGAAAUUGAUGGUCCAUAUUUAGCCAUGAUAUUACCGGCAUCAAAAGAAGAAGGAAAACGUAUUAAAAAACGUUAUGCUGUAUUCAAUCUCGAUGGUUCCAUUGCAGAAUUAAAAGGUUUUGAAGUGAAACGAAAUGGUGAAUUACAAUUAAUUAAAAUAUUUCAAGCGAGUGUUUUUGAAGCGUUUCUGAAAGGUAAUACAUUGGAAGAAUGUUAUGGACAUGUAGCCAAAAUAGCCGAUUACUGGUUAGAUGUAUUAUAUUCACAUGGUAAUGAUAUAACGGAUAAAGAAUUAGUUGAAUUAAUAUCAGAAAGACGGACGAUGUCAAGAAUGUUGUCCGAUUAUGGUGAGCAAAAAUCGACGUCAAUAUCAACAGCAAAACGUUUAGCCGAAUUUUUGGGCGAUGAUGUUGUUAAAGAUAAAGGUUUAUGUUGUCGCUUUGUUAUUGCGAAUGUACCUCGCGGUGCACCCAUUACCGAACGUGCUAUCCCAUUGACCAUAUUUCAAUCGGAUCAGAGUGUACGAAAUUAUUAUUUACGAAAAUGGUUACACUUAUCAAUAACAGAAAGUUUAGAUUUACGGGAUAUUUUAGAUUGGAAUUAUUAUAUUGAUCGUUUAAAUAGUUGUGUACAAAAAAUUGUUACUAUUCCGGCUGCAUUACAAGGUAUUAAAAAUCCUGUACCACGUGUACAACAUCCUGAUUGGCUUCAUAAACGUUUAAUCGAAAAAACAAGUAUUUAUAAACAAAAACGAAUAACUGAUGUUUUUAAUAGCGUAGAUAAACAGACAUUAUUAGAUAAUAAUCAACAACAAAUGGAAAAUAUGGCAAUAACAGCAGAUAUUGAAGAUAUUGGAAAACAACGGAAUUCAUCGUCAAAAUUAACAGUAGCAGUGACAAAAACAACAUUAAAACGUAAACGUGAUGAUAACGAUAAAAAUACGCGUCAAUGGCGAAUAAUUUUGGGUCCAUCACCACCAUUUGGUACAACCCAUGAUCAUCAUUUAAGAUGGCUUGCGUAUCAUAAACGAAAAUGGGAUAUUCAACGAGAACAAAUACAGUCGGCUAGUGCUAGUGUAAUUUCCAUUACACACGAAGCACCUCAGAAAACUAAGAAUAUGGGUAAAAUAGAUUCGUAUAUUCGUCGUGCAGCAGAAACUUUGUAUACAACACCAUGGCAAAUCAUUCAGUAUGAAGCAACGGAUCAACCGGGUCUAUUUAAAGCAUGGUGUAUUGUUAAUAAAGAAAUCAAACAAAUUAAAAUAAAUGUACCACGAGUAUUUUAUGUUAAUCAUCGUACACCAAAAGAAGCAAAGCCAACAACAAUAGUAACAACAGUGUCACAGAAGAGUCGUGAUUAUGAAAAAGCGAUUAAUGAUUGGUGUCGUAAAGUCAAUCGUUUAUUACCACGUUGCUCUCAAACAUAUAAUUUAUAUCAAUAUACGCUGGAUGAAUGCGUAUUUAAAGAUUAUUAUACUGAUAUAAUGGCUGAUUUAAAUCAACCCGAUAUUGAAGGUGUCUAUGAAAUGAAUGUACCAUUAGAAUUUCGUUUACUCGUAUCAUUAGGUUGUGUUUGUUCAUUAAGACGACAGGAACAACAACUACAAAAAUUAACAAAUACAUUUCAACUUAAUGAAUUAGAGUUAAAACCAUUAUCAGAACAAUCGUAUAUUGAACAAGGCACAUUGCAAUGUGUUUAUUUCUAUAUACACAUGGAUCACGGAAAAUUAUGUGUAUCAUUAUUUGUACCAAAUUCAUGUAAAGCGUAUAUUGGCCUAUUAGAUAAUGUAAGAGAAAAUAAUAUGCCAAAUUUAAAUAAAUUAUUAAAAUUAGAAUGUGAAAAACGUUUACAACGUGGGAUUGAUAAAGCAUUAUUACCAUUGAAUGAGCAUCAAUUUGAAAUCAAAGUUGAUACUGAUCUACAAAGUAUAUGGAAACGAUUUAAUAAAAUAUUAAUGAAUCUUCGUGAAACUGACUCAACGCAUAGUUCAGUACCAAUUUAUUUGGCUAUUCAAACAAAUAUACCAUUAUCUGAUCUUCAUCAAAAUAUGUCGCUUUUACACGAUUAUCCAAAAGUAACUAUUCAUACAAAAGAUAAAGCAAAUUUAUUUCGUAGUGUAUUAGACUGGCAAAAAACGGCAGCACGUCAUUUAAUACAACAUUAUUCAAAUGCAAAUAUUAUUUUGGUUAAUAUGUUAGAACAAUGUCGAUAUUUACAUGUACCUAUUGGCAAUUUUCCCGAAGAUCCAUGUCUAUUUGCUUGUGAUUUGUUUUAUGCUAGACAUUUAGUAAAACAUAAUCAUUUGUUAUGGUGUUCUUUAACCGAUCAACCAGAUUUAGGUGGAAAAGAACAAGAUGAUUAUCGAAUGUUAUUGACCACAGGAAAUGAUACAAUAGCAAAUAAUUUAUUUCAUUCAGAUUCAGAUGUUUCAUCAACAUCACUGCAAGAAGAAAAUCAUCCACCAUUUGAAAUUAAUCGUCCAGCAUUUUAUCCCACAGCAUGCAUUGAAUUUGAAUUAGUCGGCUUGGCAAUAUGUGCUGUACUCAAUUUUCAAAAAAUUCAUGAAACAGAAGGUUCAAGUUUUGAUUUAGGUUUUGGUGUACCUGUUCAAAAUUCUGUAGCUGGUACGAGUGAUAUUCUAUCGUCACUAUCGAUUGGAAACAGUAAUUCAACAGUAAACACAAUGUACGAUGAAACAUCAUUAUGUUUACCAUCGUUACGUUUAUUGCGUCAAAUGAUUCAAGUUUGGUUACAAGAUGUUCGUUCAUAUUCAAAUAUAUUUGCUGAUAUGCAAUUACAUCAUUUUUAUCGUUGGUUACAAUCAUCUAAAAGUUUGUUGUAUGAACCAGCUUUAAAACGUACAAUACAAUUAUUUAUGAAAAAAUUAUUAUUACAGUUGUUAGUGGAAUUACAACGUAUUGGUUCAUCGACUAUUUAUGGAAAUUUAAAUAAAAUAAUUAUUACAACAAAACGAUGGUUACUUGUAGAUACUCAAUCAUAUAUUAGACUAAUUUUAGAUCAUUUACAACAAAAAGAAUUAACAUCAACAAUUUGUCUGGGAUUAAAAUCAAUUUAUCAAUCUCUAUGGUGGUAUGAUGAAAAAAAUUAUUGUGGAUUUCGUGUAUGGUUAAAAGAUAAAGAAGAAAUUGGUGAAGAUGAAGAAGAAACAUGUUUUGAAUGGAAUAUGAUUAUUUAUUUACCACGAGUUGUACAAGAUUAUUUUGAAACAAUUAUUAUAGGAUUUGCUCGUACAAUUUUUAAUCGAUUACGUGAACACUAUAGUAAAGAUACAUCAACAACAACUAUAACAGAUUGUCUACCAUCAAAUGUAUUGGAAUAUUGUCGUGAUAUAUUUACUAACGAAUUAUAUCAACAAUUGAUGUCAGUCACAAAUCAAAUUGAACGUAAAUUAACAAAAAAUGAUUUUGAUCAUUCAAUCAUUACUAUGAAUACGAGUCCAGCAUUAGAAUUUGUUAAAUCUGUUUGUUGUUUAUUGAUGUUAAUUCGUGAUAUGUCCGAUGAUAUUAAUAAAUUACGCCGUGAUCUAUUAAAAUUAUUAAAAUUAAGUGAAUAUUCACAAAUAACUCAAGCAAAUUUGUCAUCAUUAACAUCGUUCAUUGUUCCACAAUUAGUCUGUUCAAAUUGUAAUCAUUAUCGUGAUAUUGAUUUAUAUCGUGAAAUUUCACAUGGUGAACAAUAUAAAUGUGAUCAAUGUCAAAUGGCGUAUGAUCAACAAUUGAUUGAACAAUACUUAUUGAAUUAUGUUCAAACAUUAUCUAUUGAAAAUAUAUUACAAGAUGCUAUUUGUACAAAAUGUCAUUUUGUUAGAAAUGUAUAUUAUAAAAUUUAUUGUGAUUGUGGACAACAAUAUCAAAAUAUGCAUACAACAAAAUUGUUACAUCAAACGUGUACAAUUUUAUAUCAAAUAGCGAAAAAACAUCAAAUGCAAGCUGUUAUUCAACAAAUACAAUGGUUAAAAAAAUUAAAUCAUUGGACAGAUGAUUAA